CUUUUUUGCAAAUUACAAAUUGAUACUUUAAAACUUUAUCUCUCUUUCUUCUCUUUUGUAACUUUUUUCUUCUUUCUUUACUUUUCUCAUAUAUAUGUCUUGUUUACCUAAUUUUCAUUAAUGAAAGAAAAUAUGGAACAAAAUACAACCAAUACUUGUUCAACUCCUGAACCUUCAAGAAGAUAUGUUCAGUGGAGAGACGAAGAUGUCGGACUUUUGUUAUCUGACUUGGAACAACCAGGCCAUUAUGGAAAAUGGAAAGAAAACAAAUCUGGUUAUUCAAAAAGAGUAGCUGAACAAGUAUUCAAAAAUGUCAUGUAUCAUGAAGCCAUCAAGUUCAAAGUACGCUGGCUAGAAUCUCGCUUUAACCGUUGGCACGAGCAAUUAACUUCUCCUCAUGUUGUGCAAGAUGAAAAUGCUGUAAAUAAUAUUCGAGAAAAAAUGAUCAAGGAAUUUCCUUACUACGAUCGUUGUAAGCCUAUAUUUAGUUCAUUCACUGUAGAUUUCCCUGCUGUACAACAUCCUAUUGCCCCUGCAGAGCAUAUGUAUAAAUCAGACUCGAAUGAACUGUCUACUGUUCUGAAGCCUGAACCAAUCCAUAUCACAGCCGAGACACCCGAUAUCACUUUCUCAUACCAACAACAGACUGAACCAUUUGGCAAUAAGCGAUUUUUAGAUGCUACUGAAUCUUUAGUUAACAAGAAGAAAAAAUAUUCCAUCAAAUCCGCUAUAAACAGUGAUUUAUCAGAAGAGCGAAGAAUUAGAAUGCUUGAAAUGGAACUUGAACUUAAGAAAAUGGACCAUCAUGAACGCAUGCAAGAAAUGAAGCUUGAACAAUUAAGACUGGAAAUUGAACUUCAAAAACUAAAACGCGAUAUACAACCAUGUAUUCAACAUACCUCAUCCAUGACCAACACUGCUUCUGAUUAGAUUUUUUUUUUCAAAAAAAAAAAAAAAAAAAGAAAGAAAGGAUAUUUAAGCAUGUUUAUGACCCACUACGAUACCUUUCAUUAAUUAAAUGAUUUAGCAUGAUUGUGUUACUGAACAAUUAUGUAAAAAUAACACUCAUUGUAAUUCUUUGUACUAUAAAAUUCAAUUUCUUUAGUGAGGUUAACACUUUAC